AUGGCCGUGCGACCCUAUCGUCGCAGACGCUACCACUGGCCCGAACUCCAACUCAAUAUAUGGAUCAUCAUCGUCCUCGCCGCCUCCGCUAUCUGUCUCGGCAUCUUUUCCUGGUUCAUGGUCGUGCAAUCCGAACUAGAGCUCGGGAUACCAUGGCUCUUCCCCUACAUGACCGUCUCCGGCGCCCUUGGCGUCUUCUUCAUCAUCCUGAUCCUGAUCCUCGCCGCGCAACGCUUCCUCCUUCCUGGCAUCAUCAUCGUCGGCAGCUUCAUCCUCUUCGUGCUCUGGUUGACGGGUCUGAUCGAGACCUCGCUGCAAUUGUACGGCGUCGUCGGCAAUGUCAACGAUAAUUGUAAAAUCUACGUCGAUGAUAAUCAUUUCGGGGGGAAUAAUCUGCAGACGAUGGCGUGGUUGACGCAGAGUACUAUUUGUAAUUGCUGGAAGACAGCGUUCGCAUUCGAACUCGUCAACACGAUCUUCUUUCUCUGGAUGAUGAUCAUGUCGUGGCAGGUCAAUCGCGAUGUUUACCAUUGA